GCGGGAAGGCGGGAAGGUGGGAAAAUGGCGCGACGCGCGGUCGCGCGGUAAGUCGACGUCAGAAGGUGGAGAAAUGGCGGGAAAGUGAGCGCGGGAAGCUGGAGAAAUGGCGGGAAAGUGAACGCAUCGUUACUUGGGUAGCCAGGCAGUGGGUGCACGGCAAGACGCAGCCGUUCGCAGGCCGACGGCAUUACUCCCGUCACGACUUUCCCGCCUGAAUCUGACCGCUUUUACGGUCAAAUUCCGUACGCAAGCGGAGGCCAAGAGUCAGUAAGCUCUCGAGCUUGCGAAGCUGGAAGCUGCAUGUGUGUCAUCAGGUCAAACCUUUUCAGGCUUUUCCACUUUGGGCUUCUUCAAAGGACAUUGAGAGUUGAGGUGUAUGAAGCUGCACAGCUCCGGGAUUACGCUGCCUCCUGGUGGCAGGACCUGUCUUCCAAAACCUUCGGGAACUCCGGUAUCGCCAUCUCUAACUGGCGGUCCUUCAAGGAUGCGCUCCUCUCCCAAUUCCAGCCGGUGAACAUGCACCUCACCGCCCGAGAUAAGUUGUUCGCGAUGCGCCAGCACAGGUCUGUAAAGGAUUAUGCAGCUGCCAUGCGCAACCUCUUCGUUUACACCUCUGACAUGUCCGAAUCUGACCGUGUAUAUCUUUUUAUGCGGGGGCUUAAGCCCCAUCUAUUUCGUGAGGUCCGGCUCAAGGCCCCCACGUCCUUCGAUUUGGCAGUGGAGCUAGCAGAUAGACUGGAUCAGCUAGGAGCAGGCGGUGGCAACCAUGGGGGGGGGAGAGGGAGAAUGUCCACUCCACCUCAAAACAUGUCAUGGGCAUCUGCCCUAUCCGCUUCGUCACCAGGACCGUCCCCGUCGUCCUCGACGUCGACCUCGUCCCAGUCUUCCUACCCAAUGGCGUCUCCAUGCUCCGCCACUCCUCAUCAGAACUCUUUGUCCAGCAGAGCCUGUGCAACCGUGCCUUCCGAGUCUACGCCUAAUGCACAUUCUACCAAGCUGCCAGAUGACCCGUUCAACAUGUCCGGUACCCCUUCGUUACCAUCUCCUUCCUCUUCCUCUUCCUCGUCUACCCCAUCUUCAUGCUCCUCCUCCUCCUCCUCCUCUUCAAUUGAUAUACCAACCACCAUAGCCAUCAUGUCAUCCUACCGUUGUUUGACUGAUCCUGAGCGUCAGGAAUGUCUUAGCAAGAACUUAUGCUUCGUAUGCAAGAAGAGGGGGCAUGUCGCACGGAUGUGCCCCACCCGAUCUCGCUCCCCUGAGAAUGCCUCAACACCCCUCUUGGGAAAUCGCCCAUGUGUUUGACUACUGAACCUAUGUCAACGCACCCGUUCCGUCCAUAGCAGGCCUCCUACUCCUCGGCGCAUUCACUCACAAUUCCCCCUCCCUUCUCCUCUGCGCUCUCCUCCUGCCUCCCUUCUUCCUCCUCCCUCAGCUCCUCUUCUAUCUCCUCCCCUCCCCAUCCUCUGUAUGCCGUCGUCGCCUCUCUCUUCUCCACUGUGUCUUCAUCUGCUCACUUUGAACACUUGCACAUCGUAUCCUUCGCGAGAGUAAAGCCUCGUAUGAUGU